CAGCGCCAGGUGCAGAUGUGCAAACGGAACCUCGAAGUGAUGGACUCGGUGCGCCGGGGCGCCCAACUGGCCAUCGAGGAGUGCCAGUUCCAGUUCCGCAACCGUCGCUGGAAUUGCUCCACGCUGGACAGCCUGCCGGUCUUUGGCAAGGUGGUCACCCAAGGGACGCGAGAAGCCGCCUUCGUAUACGCCAUCUCCUCCGCGGGGGUCGCCUUCGCCGUGACGAGGGCCUGCAGCAGCGGAGAAAUCGACAAGUGCGGCUGCGACCGCACAGUGCACGGAGUCAGCCCUCAGGGCUUCCAGUGGUCCGGCUGUUCCGACAACAUUGCGUACGGAGUGGCCUUCUCGCAGUCUUUUGUGGACGUGAGGGAGAGGAACAAGGGCGCGUCCUCCAGCAGGGCCCUCAUGAACCUUCAUAACAACGAAGCAGGACGGAAGGCCAUCCUGAACAACAUGCGGGUGGAAUGCAAGUGCCACGGCGUGUCGGGCUCCUGCGAGGUGAAGACCUGCUGGAAAGCCAUGCCGCCUUUCCGCAAGGUGGGCAACAUGCUGAAGGAGAAGUUUGACGGGGCGACGGAGGUUGAGCAGAGGAAGGUCGGCUCCACCAAAGUGCUGGUCCCCAAGAAUUCCCAGUUCAAGCCGCACACAGACGAGGAUCUGGUCUACUUGGACUCCAGCCCCGAUUUCUGUGACCAUGACUUGAAGAACGGUGUCCUGGGCACCAGCGGAAGGCAGUGCAACAAGACCUCCAAGGCCAUCGACGGCUGUGAGCUGAUGUGCUGCGGCCGCGGCUUCUACACGGACGAGGUGGAGGUGGUGGAGCGCUGCAGCUGCAAGUUCCACUGGUGCUGCUUUGUCAAGUGUAAACAGUGCCACCGAGUUGUGGAGAUGCACAGCUGUCGGUGACAUGGAAGGAAAGCCUUCUGCCGGGCCCAGGGCCGCUGGAGGGAGGCGGUGCGCGAAGCCCCCUCGGCAGAAGACGCUGCGAGAGGAAACGCUUCUCCUUUUUUUUUUUUUUUUUUUAAAGGGAAAA